CGAUUCCACGUUCUGCACGCGCGAAGAGCGGCGCAUGCGCUCUCCCCAGUCAGAACGCGAGGGGGGAGUUAUCAGUCAGAUUCGCUCCCCAUUUGCCUCCUUCUGUGCUCCCGCUGAGGGGCAGCAGCUCGCAUUUCUGGCCCCCGGCGGAUCCCGGAGCGCCUUUGUCUCUUUUUAUACUUUGCGCAGUUAGGCCGAGUCGCCGCGCAGCCUCGCUGGGUCACUGAGCUUGCAUACUCGCGGCACCCAUGCGUUCGGCGCCGCUAGCAUUAGCCACGUAGCCUGCCGGUCGCGGUUUGGCUCAGUACUGCCACCGAGUGACCGCCCCCUUCUCCGGGCCGGGGAGCUCGCCGGAUUAGGGCUCCUUAUCCACGCGUAUCUCUCUCCUUUAUGCAUAAGCAGACUAGGUUAGCGGCGCGGCUACUUCGCUCAGAGGCUAAGUGGCGGCUAAUAGCUUUCCGGUGACGGACACUUCGACACCGCAGGCGGACGCGGCGGCGCGCUUCAGUGGGUUUGAGACAUGGGGGCAGCCCGUCAUUUUGAGGGCAGCGCCUGACGAGUCAGCCCUGUGGGCGAGAGGAGACAUGGCGGCGAGCGGCUUUACUGACCUCAGGGAGAAGCUGAGGUCCAUGACCCCGCACGGUGACGAUCACAGGAAGCCGCAGCGCGGCGGCGCGCUGAAGCGCCGGUACCACGACUCGGAGGAGGAUCUGAGCGACCCGGAGGAGCGCCGGGAGACGGAGGCCCGCAGGGUGAAGAGCAGCAUCGAGCAGCUGAGCAUCUUCAGCCCGGAGGAGUGUGCGCUCAUCGAGGCCAAGAUAGACGAAGUGGUGUCCAGUGGCGAGAAGGGUCUCUACCGGGAGCACACGGUGGACAGGGCGCCUCUCCGGAAUAAGUACUUCUUCGGGGAGGGCUACACGUACGGCUCCCAGCUGGAGAAGCGGGGCCCGGGUCAGGAGCGUCUGUACUCUAAGGGGGAGGUGGACGAAAUCCCCGACUGGGUCCAUGAGCUGAUUAUAAAGAAGCUGGUGGCCAGCGGUGUGAUCCCGGCCGAUUUCGUCAACAGCGCCGUGAUCAACGACUACCAGCCGGGCGGCUGUAUCGUGUCCCAUGUGGACCCCAUCCACAUCUUCGAGCGGCCCAUCGUGUCCGUGUCCUUCUUCAGCGACUCAGCCCUGUGCUUCGGCUGCAAGUUCCAGUUCAAGCCCAUACGGGUGUCGGAGCCGGUGCUGUUUCUGCCCGUCAAGCGCGGCAGUGUCACCGUGCUCAGUGGUUAUGCUGCUGAUGAAAUCACCCACUGUAUACGACCACAAGAUAUCAAGGCGAGAAGAGCUGUGAUCAUCCUCAGAAAGACAAGACCCGAUGCCCCACGUCUGGAGACAAAUCCGCGAAGUAAUGCAGCCGUUCCCUUCUCUUUGGGAAGACCGCAGAUCCUGAAACCAAAGAGGUCUCACCGGAAGGCUGAUCCUGACGCAGCCCACAGGCCACGUAUAUUAGAAAUGGACAAAGAAGAAAACCGACGCUCUGUGAUUCUUCCUAGGUGGAGGCAGAGGAGUAGCUCAAGCUCCGAGAACUUGCGGAGACGCUCCCACGAGUCUGCGGCCGGCUACAGCGGACCCGACGACAGCAUGGAUUCGCCCCGAAGGGUUAAAAUGAGGCGACACUGAGAGCUUUCGUAUCAGUCCGACAUUGCCGUCCUCCCGGAGACUCCUUAGACGUUCAUUUGCAUGCAGGUUUAAAAAUAGUCCGUGCAGACGUCACUUGCCAAGCAGGGUUCGUUUUUGGGUUUGCAUCACCAGCAGGAUUUGUGGGUGGGUUGGGAUUGAGGCAGAGCCCAUUCUGAGUGGUCAGUAAGUGACUUGGAAAUUCAGUUGUCCUAGAAUUGUUUUUGGUUCUUGUUUUGCUGCCCCUGCAGAGCAGCCUGUGAAACCCCUCUGGGUUUUCCCAACAGAAGGCAUACAUUUUAUAUACAGUUAGUUCCUGCAUGGUUUUUUUUUUUUUGUGAACUGUGCAAGUGGGAAAAAUCUUGACCAUGAAUAAGAUUAGAUUAAAUGCUUUUGCUUUUUAGUUUUCUUCCCCCUUAGUUUACAGAGCUUUUGGCUAUUAAAUGCAGUAUUUUCACAUAAAGAAUGAUAUAUACUUUGGAAUUAUUGGAAAAUGUCACCAGUGCUUAGGCUGUUUAUUGUACAUAGUAGCAUCUUUUUGAUGCACAUACUGUUAAAUCUGUUGAAAUACAGCAGAUAAAACUGCACAAAAUGGAGCUUUACAGGUCACAGACGUGCUGUUUUAAUAGAUGCACCCCUGUCAGGGUAUUCUUUUGGUCUUUAGGUUAAAAAUGUUUUCCGUUUCAUUUUUGGUUAAGUCAGUUGUUCUGAUACAUGUCAGAAUUCAAUCAUAAGGAUGUUAAUUCUCAAAUGAGGAUAUUUUCCAGGUAUGAUGCUCUCUGGAUCAGCUGCUUUCUUGUAUUUACUAGGAAUGGAUUGUGGUUCUGUUUCUCCGGUUCGAGGACACGGUUCAGGCCAUGCUGUAUUGGGAGUUGUGCCUUGAAAGCCUCUGUUUCCUGUGUAUGUUAAAGCCAUCACUUUUAAUCUCUUUUUGAUAUUGCUUGUUUUUGGAAGAGUAUAUUUAAUGGCGAUAAUGAGAGAAGCUUGCGAUCUUGUGUACAAAAUCCUAAGAAAUAUUACUUAAAUGCUGUCAUUUAAAUGUGUAUAUAUAGCGAGAGCUGUUUGCCUUAAUGUUCAUUAUCCAUUGAAUUUUACGUCAUCCCAAAGGGAUCCUUCUGAUGCCACUGCUGAGUAAACGCCCCCCCCCCUCACAAGAAACUCUUAGGAACAGAUUUGUCAUGGUCCUCACACAUGUCGCCAUAUUUAGUUGUUUACAGUUAAUGGCUCAUUGUUCAGCAUUUUCCCUUGAUUUGAAAUUGAGAUGGUUGCAUAAUGAGAUAUAUGAUUAGUUCUUUGCAGGUAGGAUUCAAAAAUGUGUUCUUAGGAAAUAUGCAUAGAUAACAAAAAAGUACAGGCCUAAACAGAGUGCAAGAACUAUUGCGAGAUUAAAUGUUUUUCUUUUUCCUUCAAAACCUUGUUUGUAACCGAAUUUUAUUGUUUGGACACGAGCCAGAUCCAUUUAAUCUGGAUGAUUGUUUUAAAAAAAGCCCACAGCUGUGUCAGUACUGAGCAGAAAGAAGUGGUAUGUUUGUGUUUUCAAAAGAAAUUUUAAAAGGGUUUGUUUCAUUUUGCGUGACCCCUGCCAAAACUUAUCUUCCUCUCCCGAUGUUUUUAAUGAUGAAGAUGCAACUUUAUGAAAUGUAUUUUUUUAAAUUAUGUUCAAAUAUUUGUGGUAAAACCAUAUUCAUUGUAAGUCUUGGUCAUGUUGCCCUGAAGGUCUAUUUGAUCAUAAUUUUUCAUUUUGUAGCUGUUUGUGACAGCUCAAUCUGUAGCAAUGAAUACAAUUGUACUUCCCUUUCAUUUUAGUGUUUUUGACUAAUUUAUAAAUUGACCAUUUCUACAGCUUUUCCCCUGUUUAUAUUCUCAGAUAGUAACCAUUUUCAUAUUUCAUUUUCCUUGUACUGUAAUGUGUUGCAUUUGAUUAAAUAAAAGCAAAAAAGAGGUCACA